CUGCCCUUCCCGCCGCCCCCUUCCUGGUCUUCAGACGCCUCUUAAUUCAGGAUUGCGGAGAUUCUCCUCGCGGGGAGGGGCGCGCAAGGGGAGCCAGAAAGAAAGAUGGAAGUACAGGACUUGCCAGGAUCCCAGACAGGAAAAAGAGUGAGGGGAAGCGUCCCAAUUGCGGCAACACAGGAAUAUCUGAAGGGCUUCACUACGUCUCAGAUUAAGCAAGAACCAGAAGAAGGGAUGGACCAGUUCUGUGAGAUCCAGAAAAGAGAAGCUCUGAAGGCUCCAUCCUUGGAUGGAAGAAACUCUCCAUCUUCUCAAUCCUCCCCAGAGAAUAACACUAGGCCUCCUUUUAGCAAAAAGACUGAUUUCCAUCAAUGGUCCUUCAGAAGAAAAACUGCGUCUGAAACUUUGCCAGGCCUGGGCUUUCCCGAAUUCUACGAAGGCCUGGAUUCCCCAGUGGAAGUGAAGGAAGAAUUGGUGGAGGAGGGCAAGCUCAACAUGGCACUGCGAUGCCAACGCUUCCGGCAGUUUUGCUAUGAGGAAGCUGAGGGGCCUCAGAAAGUGUUUGGUCAACUCUGGGACCUCUGCUGCCAGUGGCUGAAGCCAGAGCGUCAUUCUAAGGAGCAAAUAUUGGAGCUGGUGGUUUUGGAGCAGUUCCUGAUGAUCCUGCCACUGGAAAUGCAGAACUGGGUUCGGGAACACUGUCCGGAAACGGGGAGCCAGGUGGUGACGUUGGCCGAGGACUUCCUUUGGAGGCUCCCAUCAGGAGAUGAGCAGAGGGAAGAUCUGGCUGACUUGCCUGAUGAGUCUUCCAAUUCCGAACUGGAUCCAUUGGAUAUUGUGAAAGUUGAGGUCCCCAUGGAUGGAGACGGAAACUCUGACCAUCAACCGUACUUCCUUGGAGAAGUCACAGACCUGCCCCAGGGAAUGUACAGUAGCAGGAGGAUGAAGGCGACUUUUGACUCUCCCCCAAGGAAGGAAAAACUGCACAAGUGCCAAUAUUGUGGGAAGCUGUCUGACUGCCGCGCCCACCUGGUGAUUCACGAGCGAACCCACACAGGGGAGAAGCCCCACAAAUGCUCAGCUUGUGGGAAAAGCUUCACCCGGAAGGAAUCCCUGAUUAUCCACGAGAGGUUCCAUACCGGGGAGAAGCCUUAUAAAUGCUCGUUGUGCGGGAAAACCUUCAGUGAUAAAAUCGGGCGCCUCAUCCACGAGAGAACUCACACCGGGGAGAAGCCGUACAAAUGCUCCGAGUGCGGGAAGAGCUUUGGCACUCGCUGCAACCUCCUGAGACACCGGAGAGUUCACACGGGCGAGAAACCGUACCGCUGCCUGGACUGCGGUCAGACUUUCCGGUACAGGCCACAGUUAGUGAUCCACGAGGGCACCCACAAGGGGGAGAAGCCUUAUAAAUGUCCAGACUGUGGAGAAACUUUCAGUCAGACCCGACAUCUGGUGAUACAUAAAUGGACUCAUACCGGAGAGCGGCCUCACCAGUGCGCCGUCUGCGGCAAAAGUUUCAAUCAAAAGUCGGACCUUAUUACGCACACCAGGACCCACACGGGGGAGAAGCCGUACGUCUGCUCCGACUGUGGGAAGAGUUUCAUUUCUAGCUGCCAGCUGAGGAAGCACGAGAGAAUCCACACUGGGGAGAAGCCGUACCAGUGUGCCGAGUGUGGGAAAUGCUUCUCUUACAGUUCUCACCUCACCACGCACAAGCGGACACACACGGGCGAGAAGCCUUACCAGUGCCCGGACUGUGGGAAGUGCUUCAUUUCUAGUUCUCACUUCACUGCCCAUAAAAGGACGCAUACUGGCGAGAAGCCCUAUCAGUGUACCUACUGUGGGAAUAGUUUUAUUCAGCGAUCGCAGCUUGCCAAACACGAGAGGUCGCACACGGGAGAGAAGCCCUACGUCUGCUCGGAGUGUGGACAAAGCUUCCGGUGGAGCCAAGGGCUCAAAAAGCACAUGCGGACUCACACUGGCGAGAAGCCGUACGGGUGCCCCGAGUGCGAGAAAAUGUUCUCCAGUUCCUCUAAUCUGUCCAGGCAUCAGAAAAUCCACAUGAGGGAGAAGCUAUAAUGGGCAUUUUAGGCAAAAAGACAGUAGUAGGGCGAUAGGAACAGCUAGGUAACAGGCAAUCCUCGCUCGAAGUUACAGUCGACCUGAAAAAGGGGACUUUUAACAACCUGGAGUUCGGAGUUGUGACGGUUGGGCCCCCUCCACGGCCAUGUGACCAAAUUUCGGGCACUUGGCAACAGAGCCAUUCGCGGUAUCCCAUGAUCACGUGACCGCAUUUGGCAAAGGUUUUGCUGAAAACCAGCACUUGGCAAAACUGCACCCGUAGGAAGCCAUUGGUUUACUUAAGACCCAAUGGUGUUUCCUUAACGACUGCAGAUUUGUUUAAUGAAUGCAAUGAUUUGCUUAACGAUGGUGGCAAAAGGGUUCUUAAUAUCGGGUUGGUCAUGUUCAGUGUCCGUUAUGACAUGACUGUAACGGGUAAGCUCCGCUACUACCAGUAGUGGUAUACCAUGGCGAAGGUCAGUGGUGGCGAACCUAUGGCACGCAUGCCAGAGGUAGCACUCAGAGAUGGCAACCAUCCCCCUUCAACCAGCUGCCCGCUAACUCGCUGAAGUCCCACAUGGCUGGAUGCA